UAUGAAACGUAGCAGUUGCGUGAUGUUUUGCAUCAUGAACGUGAGCUUUAGGUCUGAUUUUGGAGUGAUAUAUUCAGAAAAAUCACGUACUUAAAAUCAUUGUCUGUUGCGGUCCUUCAGUCUUUUCUGGUUGCUGGAUAAUUGUGUUAAAUUUGGAAUAAAAGCUUAGAAAGAAGUGUUUUUUAUUGGAUCCUUCUGGGUCAGUCAGAUCGCAAAAAAUCUUCAAAUAAAUGUAUGCAUAAUAACAACCAACAUUUAGAAGGCGCAGGCACUAGGCAACCACCCAUUGUAAUAACUUUUUUCUGUAAAAUUGUGGCAUUUAUCUCUCUCUUGGAAGAAAAAUGCAAGUUAUCAUUUAUCUAAAGAAUGCCCUUGGAGGCUGCUGGCAGUAUUUUAAUUUUGUAGACGCCGUAAGCACCCCUCUAGGAGUGAGUGGACAUGAUGGUGAAGUUUAAAUGACCUAAGAAAUUCAAACUAAGUGCCUGAAGGAAAGAUUGCCUUGAAUAUUUUCAUCUGUGGCUGUGUAUGUCAUCAGAGAGUGGUUUAGUACUGCAAAUCUUUAUAACAGGUAGAGUCUGGCUGCCUCAAACAUUCAGACAUGCAUCUAUCAUUUGCAAGUGAAGGACAAUCAUUUCUACCAGCAGAUCAGGUUUCAGCAAGAUGACUAAGUUAAUAGAAUGGCUUUUUGGUAUGGGCAUUUUCCUUGGUAUAUGGGGUGCCCUGAUAUCAAGGCAGAUAAAAGUGCACCUGCUUGAAGAGUGGAUGUCUGUCAUCGUCCCUCUACCUUUAAUUCUUGUAACAUUGUUUGGGGUUUAUUCAGUCAUAGUGGUGCUGUGGAGGGUAUAUACUUUUAAUAAUUGUGAUGAAGCUGCCAAAGAGCUACAGAAGGAAAUUCAACAGGCAAAAGCUGAUUUGAGGCAGAAAGGUAUCUCAUUCAUUGAUGACAAGUAAAUAUAUGGAGCAUAGCACAGCAACUCAAUUCACCCUGUGACCCUCUCACCACUCUGAAAAAAAAUCUGAACCCUUUCUGUAUGGACCAUGUGACACCCUGGUCGCUCUCACAAAUGUCAUGAAUCUUUCCUGUCCCAGCUGUGUUGUUGGAAAUAUAUUAUUUCACUCUGUGAAGACUGAGCCUCCAUAUAAACGAUAUAGUACUCCGACCAACUGGUGCCUCUUUUGGUACUGAAAUCCAUUUCCAGGGGACCUACUGGUAACCAUCAUGGAAGUCAGUAUGUUAAAGAAACACAUGAGCUAGUCACAUACCUAGAUACAUUUUUAUUUUUAAAGGCAUAAUUGUGAAAGUAAUUUAAUCAUUCACAAGAGCUCAAAAGUUUAACUGUGAAACAAAAAUGAAUGAGGUGAGCCAUUUAAUGUAUAAUAUGAAGGAGCAUCUUCUUUUUUGUAGGUCAAAUGCAAAAAUACAUUCCCUAGUGUGUUCUUUUGAAGUUUAAUGGCAUUAUAUUUGUUUCUCUUCUAUGGACUCAGUCCUGAUCUUGCUGCCACUGAGAAAUGGCUUAAUAGUGUCAUUGCAUUGCACCACCAGAGCAAAAUUUCACAUUGCCAAUGUUUAUGUUAUAGGUACCUUGUUGAUAAGUAGUUCUUAAUGUUUAUCCAUUAUUGGCCUUUGUGUCUUAUGCUUAGCCCAGCUGUAUGUGCAUUGCACUAGCAUACUGGCAAACUAUUAACAAUAGCUCCAUAGUGUCAGACUUUAUAUCAUCUUUUCCCAUAAAGUAAAAGAUUAUUCUUUGCAUUCAUAAAGCACUGAAAUGUCCUUUAAGAAUAUUGUCUUUUAAAAUAAAUGAAACAUCAUCAAAGUGGAGCUACCAUUACUGCACAGUCAUAUAAGUGAAAAAUGUGCCAUUAACUAAAGGGAAAGGUUACUGGACAUCAUAUAUUCAGGAGUAAUGAACAAAAAUAAAAGUGUUGUUGUUUAAUUGUGACAUUAUAUUCAGAUAUAGGUAAGUUAUUGAUUUCACAGUGAUUUCAAGAAAUGGUUCAGACAAGGAUCAAGAAUGUACAUAGAAAUAGGAGAACCAACUCAAACCGUACAACAACUAAAAUGUCUAGAUUUCCUUCUGUUGAGUGUGCAUGCCUGACUUUGGAUAUUCUUCAGUGAAGACACUGUGGAUUGAAGUACAAGUUUUUUACUCAUGCAUUCCAUUGUUACUUAAAAAUAUUUCAUUCCUCUAGUUUCUAGUCUAUACUCUAAAUAGCAUUAUAAAAUGUUCUGUACUUUAUUUUCUAAUUUCUUAAGUUUUCUUGGCCACUGUUGGUUUCCAUAUUUUUAAUUAAUAAUUUGGCUUUUUUUAUUACAUUACCCCAUUUAUGCCCAUAACCUUCUUUGGAAUACAACAAGCUUUUCUAUGACAAGAGAACAUUGUGAUUGAAAUAUUUGUAGAAGUGCUUUUCAGUUUCUACUUUUUGGAUCAUUUUUGAGGUGGGGUCAUCAGUGACAAAGUUGGCAAAUGAAACUGGAUUUAAGAAAACUUAUUUUGUAUUACAAGAGCAUAAAAUAUAUAAUAUACUUGGAAAAAGGUAUCUUACUGUACAUAUACAAUAAACUCCCAAUUAUCCACAUGCA